AUGAACCCCGUCGAAUUGGCCGAGUUCCGCCAGGUCCAACAGGAAAGAGCCCAAGAAGACAUGAUCAUUGCAGUCAUGGGUAGAACUGGAUGUGGCAAAUCCAAAUUUAUCUCAAGGCUAAACCCGAAGGAUUGCGGGAGCGAGUUUGAGUACAUUCUUGAUAUUAAGCCUUCAUUCAUCUGGGACGUGGAACACGGGAUCAAAGGAUAUAGAAUACUGAUGCUUGACACGCCGGGCUUCGAUGAUACAGUCGGUGAAGAUGUAUCAGCUCUCAAGCGCGUCGAAGAAUGGCUACGGUGUUCGUGUCCAAACAAAUCAUUAUUCGGACUCAUCUACAUGCACGACAUUAAUGAGGCGCCGAUAGGACGAUCCUCGGUAGAAUUCUUUAAGCGUCUUAGGAAUAUUACGGGAGAAGAAAACAUGAGCAAGGUUACAUUGCUGACGACCAAAUGGGAUAGCCUCCAUGAUGAUCAGCCUAGAUGUGAUGCUCGAGAACCCCAUCUCCAUGAGACAUCUGACUUCUGGAAAGGUAUGAUAGCAGACGGCGCAACGGUUAUGAGACACGACGACACGGUCGAAUCAGCCAAGAGAGUCGUCCAAAAAAUCUUCAACAAACAAAUUGCUGGUGCUCCUUUUGGCAGAGAAAUAAUCAGAUUGCGACAAGAGCUGAACGAGCUGGUUGAAGCCAAGCGAGAAAGCGACGCGGCAUUUGAGGGCAGACUUUCUGGCUUAGCCGAGAGGAUGAAAGAAAGCCAGGAACGAGUGACACGUUUGGAAGGUCAGUUCGAAGAAUAUCGAGCUGCAAAAGGACGGGUAGCAACUGUAGUUAUUACUAUUAGAAAGGUUCUUCUAUGGGCGUCGAGGUUGUGGAAAAGGUCAGUAUAA